AUGGAGAACAUACAAGAGGAAAUAAAACCAGGUGGAGUUGCACAGUUUUGGUCCACCGUGGCUUCCCAGAGGCGAUCUGGGCCUCUAUAGUUGAUAAUUCUUGUUUCUCUUGGAAUAACAGCAAUUUUAGGAGUGAUUAUUGGUCUUCUUGUUCAUUUUCUAGCAGUUGAAAAGAUACACUAUUAUCGAGGUGAUUUUCAUAUUUCUGGAGUCACAUACAAUGAUAGUUGUGAAAAUACUGCUUCACAAGCCAGCACAGAUCUGAGUAAAGAUAUCAAAACCAAGAUGUCACAUGCAUUUGAAAACUCUGGUGUAUAUAAAGAGUAUGUCAACUCUCAGGUCAUCAAAUAUUUAAACCGCAAGACUAACUUUGAAAUGUUUGUCAACAACUGCUGUGGGAGACAACUAGUCAACAGUACCACAGUUGGCAACUGGAUUGUGAACAGGGAAAAUGCUCUGGAAGGGGCAUGGCCAUGGCAGGCCAGUCUCCAGUGGAGAGGCCAACACAGCUGUCGGGCUGCGCUGAUCAGCACCAGGUGGCUCUUAUCUGCAGCUCACUGCUUUGUUCAGAAAGAUAGUUCAAAAUACUGGACUGUCAACUUUGAAACUGCAGUGAAUCAACCAUAUAUGACGCAAGAAGUCCAAAAUAUUAUUCUUCAUGAAAAUUAUAGCAGUAGGUGGUAUCAAAAUGAUAUCACUCUUGUGCAACUGGCUAAAGAAGUUUCUUUUACAAAGUCUGUUCAUAGGAUUUGUCUUCCAGAGACUAAAAUGAAGCUUUCAGAAAAUGACAACGUUGUAGUUACAGGAUGGGGAGCAUUUUAUACAAGUGGUAUACUUCCAGUGGUACUUCAACAAGCUUUUUUGAAGAUUAUUGACGACAAAAUUUGCAAUGCCCCAUAUGCAUUAUCUGGCUUGGUGAGUGAUGAAAUGCUGUGUGCUGGAUACAUGUCAGGAGAAGCUGAUUCCUGCCAGGAACAUAUAAAUGAUUCUGGUGGACCACUAGCUUAUUUUGACUCCAGAAAUAUCUGGCACCUUGUUGGAAUAGUAAGCUGGGAUCAAGGAUGUGCUAGAAAGAAUAAGCCAGGAGUCUAUACACGAGUGACUUCUUACCGAAAUUGGAUCACCUCCAAGACUGGACUCUGAAGGAAAAGUAACUGUGAAAUGGAACAUAACGUCGACUUCAGGAUCAUCUUGUCUAUCACUUCAAGAUCUUUUUCUUUUAAUUAAUGGUAGAGGGGUAGCUUGGGUCAUUUUUUUUACUAUAUCAAAAUACAAAUAUCUUUCUCAAU